AUGGAUAUUCAGUACCACAGAACCACCUACACUAUCAUCGUUUGCCUGGAGCUGGAGAGAGCAUUUUGCUUAAAGGCUCGAAAAACAAAGACCAAAGUUUUCCCUGCUCGGUGCGUGGGAGUGCGGCAGCAAAACAGGAGCCAGGAUCAACACGAGCCGCCUCCCGUCACCACACCCGGGCCCACGCAGGGCACGACACCCCCUGCUCCCUGGGGCAGCCCGUCUGUGUCCCCCAGGACGGCUGCAGCCCGCUCCCACACGGGAGGGGGGGACACCCACAGCCCGGCGGGAUGGGGGCAGCGGGGGGUGUCACCCGAGCCUCCCUCACUGCCCCCCGGCAGUGGGGCGGCCCUGCCCGCCCUCAAAUCCACCCCCCACAACUCUCCCUCACCACCGCCCUCCCUCACCGUGCUGCGCUGGGGGCUCGGCUCCGGCUGCGGCUGCGGCUCCGGCGGCUGCAUUCCCGCCCCCCGGCUCUGCCCCGGGCCCCGCUGCGGGGGCCCCCCCGCUCCUCCUGAGGAAGGGGAGAGGAAGAGGCGCGUGCCCCGGCGGGCGCGGGCGCGGGGAGCGGAGGCUGGAGCAGGGACCGGGGUCCCGGGGCAGAGCGCGGCCGGGAAGCGCUUCCGGGCUCAGUGCGGGGCGCUGGGGCCGCCGGGCGGGGCGGGGCCCCGGCUGCGCCCAACGGCAUCCGACAUGGCGCGGCCCGCGCGCGCCGGACCGCACGGCUCUCGCGAGACUUGGCGGCGGGGUGGGGGAGCGGGGGCGCGAAGGCGCGCGGCAACGAGCGGGCGUGACAGGGGCGGGCCCGGGGGCGGGGCCGGGGGGCGGGGCCAGGGCGGCGUGAGGGGGCUCUGCUCGACUCCUGUCCCUCCCGCGGCUCGGUACCGCGGGCGUACUCAGCGCCUUUAA